GGAAAUUUUCCAGCAGACAAUCCCCCUGCUUCCAAUUUUUUGCCUUCAAUCGAGAAACAGCAUCGAGCCACACGAAAACAUUCUACACGUGUGCUGCCCACGAUGCCGCACAAACAUACCCGGCGAGAGCAGGACGAGUCAACCUUCGACCUCGCUCCGACCCAAAUCGCAAAGCCGCUCCCACCAACAACCAUCUCAAAGAAAAAGGCAGCGGAAAAAAAAGCCGAUGACGCGCAGAAGAAGAGCGGCACGAAAAGGAAACGGGGUGUUAAAGAUGUCAACGAUGCGCCGCGCGCAUUCAAGCGGCUAAUGGCGUUUGCCAGCGGCAACGCGCCGCGAAGUGGUCUUGACAAUGGCGACUCUGCAGUGAAGGGCAAGGGCAAGGGCAAGAAUAAGAAGAACAAGACGGCGAAAAGCCCAGCGAACAGCACAACUCCGGAGGCCACCACGCCAACGGCCCGGGACCUCAAGAUCCGCCCCGGCGAGCGCCUUUCCGAGUUCAGCCACCGCGUCGACGCGGCCCUGCCCAUCAGCGGCCUGGUUAACAAGGUGCCUGUCAAGAACGGCCGGGACCCGCUAGGGAUCAAAGUGCGGCGGACAAAGAAGGAGCACAAGAUGCAGAACAUGUACGCGGAGUGGCGCGAGAUAGAUCGCAAGGUCCGGGAGCGACGUGAGGAGGAGCUCGAGGAGGCCGAGGAGCGCGAGAUGGAGAACGAGGCGCUGGGUGUGUCGUGGAAGCUCGAGCUCGAGGCGGCGGUGGCGCGGGGCAAGAAGAAGGCCAAGAAGGGUAAGAGGGGGAGAUACCUGGGCGAGGCAGGCGACCCAGAGGGGGAUCCGUGGGAAGAAAUCAAGAUGAAGAGGGGAGAAGGCAAGGUCGGCAUCAACGAGGUCGCGCAGGCGCCGCCCGAGUUGAAGCUGCCGAAAAAGAACCUGCUGGUUCGCGGCGCGACGGUGGCGGUCGAAGACAUUCCCAAGGCGGCGGGCAGUCUGCGGCAGAGAGAGGAGCUGCAGGGCAUCCGGCAGGAGGUCGUGGCCUCAUACAGGAUGAUGAUGAGCAAGAGGAGGCCGGCACUUGGGACGUGAGUUGAGGCGUCUGCGUACUGUUGGGAUGACAAUUGAUCUAUGGGAAGCAUGGGGACUUCAACUGGCUAUCCAAGACGCCUACCAGACCUGAGCUGUACGCUGAAUAGCCUGCCGUAACUGUGAGGUAAGCUACGCUCGUUUGUGAACCUGCAAGCCAUAUCCGUCAAUGAUAAGAACAGAGCAAACACUUGAGCCCAAAUUUUCAUC